AUGAAGACCAGGGUGACUAUCGAGGAUUUUCGAAGCGAAAUAAGCACAUCAGACGGCUGUAUCGCCUUGGGAGAGUUGUCAGUAAGAGCAAAUGUCUCAUUUACGCCGAAGGUGUUGCGGGCAAACAACAAAGAAUUUGCGCUUACCGACGCUGCGCGCCCCCUCGUCUCCGAACAACCGUGUUGGCCUGCAGCCGCCAUGAAGUCCCUUCUGCCCUUACUCUUCUGUUCUGGUUUUGCAAUUGCAGACUUUGUUCGUCCCCUUGUCAUCUGGCAUGGCCUCGGUGAUUCACACUCGUCUCCUGGGAUGUUGCAAUUCAAGUCCUUAAUUGAGGAGAUGCACCCUGGAAUAUUUGUGCACUCAGUUUACAUCGAGGAUGAUCUCGACAAGGAUAGACAGGCAGGAUUCUACGGGAAUGUCAACAACCAAGUCGAAUUUGUCGCGUCCCAACUGGAUUCAAUACCAGAACUACAGGGCGGGUUUGACGCCAUUGGUUUAUCUCAAGGCGGACAAUUCCUACGGGCAUAUGUCGAACGUUAUAAUUAUCCUCCAGUCAACAAUUUAAUAACAUUUGGCUCUCAACACAUGGGAAUCUCGGACAUACCUCCUUGUGGGCGGUAUGAUUUUCUCUGUCAAGUGGCACGAAGAGCGGCGAAGCAGGGCGCCUAUAGUGAAUGGGCACAGGAGAAUCUUAUACAGGCACAAUACUAUCGCGAUCCUGCGAAUCUUGAAGCUUAUCUGGAGGCAAAUUACUUUCUUCCAGACAUAAACAACGAACUGCCAACAGAUCGGAACACAACUUAUGCAUCUAACCUCGCUUCACUCGACAAGCUUGUCCUUGUGCUCUUCACGGAGGACAAAACUGUGGUUCCGAAGGAAAGUGCCUGGUUUGGUGCUGAGGAAGUCGAUGAAGACGCAAUAUACUCCGAGGAUAUCAUCCAAAAGGUCUUCAAAUUAGGAUUGCUGGAACGGGCAGUAAUUCCCAUGCGCCUGCAGCCGAUUUACCUUGAGGACUGGAUUGGUCUGCGGAAAUUGGACGAACGUGGUUCAAUUGUUUUCGAGACUUGCAAGGGCGAGCAUAUGCAAAUGAGCGACUGUUGGGAAGAUAUUGUUGCAAACUUUGUGGGGGGGACGGUCACCGGUUAG